AGCACACCACUGCAGCACCCAUCAGAUACCAACGUGACACUGCAGAAUCCAGCAGAUCCCCACGAAACUCUGCACCACCCAGUACAGCCCUGCCCAACACUGCAAUACAGGCUCUACCCUGCCCACAACCCUCCUUUGCACAGGUUGUAUCUGGCGCCAAGCAACCAGACCAUCCAGCCCUUGAAGAGAGUGGACUGAUGCUUCGCUGAUGAUGCGCCAUGUUGUCAGUGGAGGACACCGAGGUUUACAUCCCGACAGAUGCCUGCGUCCGGAACAUCCCUGUGCAGUGCCUUCCUCCGUCAGUCGCCCGAAAGAUGGGCGUGCAACCUUCACUGAGAGAGCCGAACGACUCACCACAGACGGCCACGUGGAUCUGUCCGGUGAAGCUGCGAGAAAAAGGCUCGUCCUCCAGCAGGACACCUCUGAUGCGCCGUUUCCUGACCCAGGGUCAGUUCAAGCUGCCGGUGGUGAGCUCCAACCCAGUGGCCUCCAGAAUCUUCAGCAAGUUUCUGUACUGUGGUAAAAGCGUCCCGCAGGCUGGCGAGCCGGACGCUCCAGCGGCCUGUAGCAGAGUGGCCAGCCACAGACAGAAUGCCAUCAUCCUUUACGACGGUCAGAUAUUCCUCUCAGUGAGGAGGAAAAGGGUGCUGUCCGGCCAGUCGGAUUCAAAGGGCCUCCCCUCACCUGUCCCUGCGUCACAGAUGCACCUGUUUAAGGCUCCUCCCCUUUCCUCAGCGCAAAGAGGCUCCCCUGAGCAGAUACAAAGCACUGACACGCAGCUCGGGGUGUUAAGCAGCGGCCAGCAGGGGGCAGUGCUUCCACCUCAGGUUUCACCAGACACAGUGACGCAGCCUCAGGAAGAGCUCAAGUGUCAAGUGGUUAGUGAUUUCUGCUCACAGACUGUUCCAGUGCACGAAAACAUGGAUGGUAUAAAAGAGGAAUUCUCAGAAACGUCUGAUUUAGGGAGUGAUGGAGGGAUUAGAGACACUGUGGAGCAGAAGAGGAACAAAAGAGGUGAUGGCCAGGCAGAAGAUGAGAACAGAGAAGACGAGAAACCAGCAGGAGGAGAAACUGGGCGUCCAUCUGAUGAGGAACGUGAUAAAGGAGGUGAUGUGGAUGUUGAACCAGUGGAGAACGUUGAGGAAAGUGACCAUCAGGCUGACGGACGGGUAAAUAAAGGAGAUAAUGUUAAGAAGCUUAUGGAUAAUUCACAUCUUAAUGCCGUGAAUUUGAGCACAUUUGACGUUAAGACACUGAGUGCUGCUAGUGGGAACACUAGCAUUAGCACUGAACUAAUGGAGAGCAGAGCUGAUGGCAACAUCACUGAAGCUCCUGAAGCUGGUGUUGCUGAAGAACAUGAGACUGAUGAUCAGAAUUCACCUGCCAAGCCCUGCAGAAACGGUUCUGAGAUAUUUCCCAUUAUAUCCCACAUCACUUCCCUGGCUGAAGGCUGGAAUGAUGCAGUUGGGAUUGAGAACUAUGGAACUUUCUUGAGCAGCUCAGAAGAUCCAAAGCCAGAGGAACCUCAGCACCAUGAAUCUGUUGACGGAGAACCACUCGAACAUCCACACAUGGUCACUGCUGAGGUUUCUGCUGAAGCCCAAGCCCCUCCUCCAGACAUCAGUCUUCAAGAGAACGUAGGAGAGGGUGUUCUACCCUGCUUUCUGCUGCCACUAGAAACUCACCAGCUGGAUUUUGAGGAUCUAGAGCGGGGAGAGAGGGUCCGUCGCCUCAGAAACAUGCUGAGGAAGAUGGAGGACAAACUAGAAGAAGUGAACAGCCAGCGAUGAGACUGCAUAUGGGUGCUGGGGUGUAAAACAAUUCAAGAAAACAGCCCUUAAAAAAUAUUUUUCAAAACAGAAAACACCUCUAGAAAACAUAAAACAGCCUCAGAACAACAAAAAAAAUAGCUCUAGAAACUUUUUUCAGUACUGAAAAUAAUGCUCAAAAACAUAUUCCAAAAAUAGAGAGCGUAAGAAAACAGAAAGUAGCUCUAGAAAAAAAACAGCUUUUUUCAAAAGGAAAUAGCUCUAGUACAGAAAAGAGUUCUAGAAAUAUUUUCCAAUGCAGCUAAAAGGGAGUUCAGGAAAUAAUAUUGCGCCCAACAGCUGGUGUGCAAAAUUUUAGGCUUACAUUACAGUUGGGCGGCAUAACGAUAAUAAGAUAUACUACCUUAUUUUCUAGAGCAAUAAAUAGCUCUAGAGCCACAAAUAGCUUGAGAAAACUGCAACAAAACAGAAAAUAGCAUGAACAAGAAAGCAUAUGAAAGCAUAAGUCAUACGAAACACGGCCCUAGAAGACGUCCUCAAUGCAGAAAGAAGAUCUAGAAAACAGAAAGCAUCUUGGAAUAGCUCUAGAAAACUCCGUACAGAGGACGGCUCUAGACAACGGUAUGAUCUUCAGCUCCCUAAAUCAAGCGCUGAGUCCUAAGCGCUAAGUCCUGAUAGGAAACAGCCCCUCAAAACGACUCUCGAAACGGGUUUAGAGAACAGAAAGUGCUCUAGAAAACACUGAGAAACAGCUGCAUCUCAGUAAUUAUUGUUAAAACUGUUAGUUUUGUUUCAGUUCAGGUUUUUGUUUGGUUUGUUUGCCGUUUUUGAUGCGUACGUUUGCACAGACAUCAUUGGAGAUUGUAUUGUUUAUAUAACUGACAGAGUUUUAUGUUGUCAGACCACGUAAUAAACACAGAUAAUGGUGGACAGAUGCAAACGCUGUGUACGUGUGUUUGGACUCUAGCACAGACUAGAAUCUGAUCUGAGAGAUUAUGUUCUUUUGGAAUUGUGUUUGUUUGGUUAAGUGAGAAACGAGCCUGGCGGAACCGAAGAUUAAUAAAUUAUUUUGUUUGUUUACAAGUUUAAUAGUGUGGCUAUGGAGAUUCUCACUCUGCUGAUUAUUAAA